CCUCCCCCUCUCUCCUUCUCUCUGAUUUUCUCCAGAGACUUUCAGCAUUUGAACACCACAUUGUCCUUACCUCCUGGCUGUCCACUAAAAAAAAAAAAAAAAAAAAAACUUAAAAAAACGAGAGAAGCACAGAAGCCAUGUUUCCUCUCCAUGUGACGUUGUUGGUACUACUGGCCAACGUCGCCCUCUGCCAGUAUUACGACUACGACUACCAGCCAGUGUCAAUGCUGGGGCCGUCAGGGCCAAACUGCAAUACAGAGUGCGACUGCCCAAUCAACUUUCCAAGUGCAAUGUAUUGUGACAGCCGCAAGCUAAAGUUUGUCCCUAUAGUCCCGACUGGAAUCAAGUACCUGUAUCUCCAGAACAACUUGAUUGAAGAGAUCAAGGCAGGCGUUUUUGAUAAUGUUACCGAUACCCUGCGCUGGCUGGUGCUUGAUAACAACCAUCUGACCAAUGCCAAGAUAGAAAAGGGCACAAUUGACAAACUGACAGCCCUGGAGAAGCUACUCUUCAGCUUUAACAACAUCACAGAGCCAAUCAUCCCUCCCUCAAAGUCCCUUGAAGAGCUGAAGAUGAUGAACAACAAGUUGUCCAAGUUUCCCUCUGGACUCUUGACUGACAAGGAGAAUUUGACCUCCAUCCAUCUCCAGCACAACGAGCUGACCUCUGAAGCCAUCGCAGACGCAUUCAAAGGGCCGAAGAAGCUGCUGUCGCUGGACGUGAGUUAUAACAAGCUGAAGAAGCUGCCAGCAGGAGUCCCGAAUUCACUGGAAAUGCUCUACGCUGAUUAUAACGAGAUUGAUAAAAUCGGAGCAGGGUAUCUGAAAAAGCUCCCUGCCCUCCGGUACCUGAGGUUAUCCCACAACAACCUGCAAGACUCUAGCCUUCCUGCUGGAGUGUUCAAUGUGACGUCACUCGUGGAGCUGGAUCUCUCAUUCAACAAGCUGCAGUCGAUCCCUGAGAUCAACGAGCUCCUGGAGCAGCUCUACCUUCAGGCCAAUGAGAUCUCCAAGUUUGACCUGGCGAGUAUCUGCAAGUUCACAGGACCCCUGAACUAUUCGCGUCUCAGGCAUCUGCGUCUGGACGCCAACAACAUCACACACAGCGACAUGCCCCCCGAAUCCGCAAACUGCCUGCGUCAAGCCUCGGACAUCAUGUUUGAAUAAGGACCCUCCGUCCAAUCAAGGAGUCCGCCACCUACUGUCGGGACAACUUCAACCCAAAGCCUUCGGGAUUUGGAUCAUUUCAUAGCAAUCCUUUUGUAGAGAUCAUGUGUCUGUGCACUUCUUACAAGCAUUAUGCAAAUACAAAAUAUCAUUGGUACUGGAUAUUUCAAAAAUAUACGUUGAAACGAGAAAUGUAUAAUUUCAUUCGAAACUCAAUAAAACAGGAGACACACUUUCAUUAUAACCUUGUAUAUAAAAAUGGCAAAUAUAAACACAUAGGAAUGUCUUACCUUCUCCAAUGUCAUGAUUUAGCCAUAGAGUAAUUGUUUAUGGUGGUAAUAUAUAGCAUAAUCAAGAUAAAACUAUGUUCUCAGUUUUCGGUGUGUAAUAUAAGCAAAUGUGAAAUACCUGGGCAGAUUCAUAGCAGCCGUAUUUCAACAUGUUGAAUGUAUCAAAGUGGUUAAAAGGAAAAUAACAGAGUUGUGAACUCAUGACUGCUCGCUUUAAUUUUUAUUUUUUUUCAUAUUAACAGCUUGAAGUCCAAUAACAGUUUUGUUAGGACAAAUAAAAUGCCUACUGUACAUGAUAAUAACUUUUUGAAGCAAACAAUAAGUAAGAUACAUUGCUAUUGUGCUUAGUGUUUCAUCCUUUGUAUACUUGUAAUAGGAAAUAAAUGUUCAAUAACUCA